AUGGAUAGGAAAGCUAUUGCCGAGAAGAUUAAGAAGCUCCAAGCGAAUGCGGAACACGUUCGCAUUGGUGGAAAGGUGUGUUUUUAAAUAAAUAUUCACCUUCGAAAAAUAUUUUCCUCAAGGACAUUUUCAUAAUAAUUUAUCAUCUUUUCCCUCGGAAACAAAGAAAUUGUGCGGAAUGAUCUUGAUUCAUUCAGCAUUCAGCCAUCGAAAGAGUAAGUACAUAUCUAAAGUAGUUUCAAAAAUUGUUUGGAGGUAUCUGAAAUAGUUUUUUAUCUUUUUCCAUUCUAAAAGCUUUUGUGCGGUGUUGAAAUGGACGUACUUAUUUGUUGGCUUGAAAUUGAACUAUGAACUGCUACUCGUUUCGUAAAUUUUUAAAAACAAGGGAGACUUUUCCAAACUUUAGGCGAGGUUCUGCAACAACAAAAAUUAAAAUGUGCUGGAAAAAAAAACUGAAAGCAUAAGCGAAAAUUAUGCCUUUUUUCAAAGUGAUUCCGCGAAAUUCGAAACGACAGCCAGAUAAUGGAAAAGAUUAAUUAAAUUUUGAAGAGUCACAAAUAAUUUUGCAUUUUGCGGAAAUUUAUUUGACCGCGGCAUAAAGUUUUGUCAUGUUUUUUCUGCGUUUCAUUAACUUUCAACUUGGUAAACUGGUUAUCCAGCAAAUGAUAUUUAAAAUAUUCCAACCUUUGCAAUACAUUACUUUUACUUUUUUCGCUAUCAUGAUCUAUUGAAAAAAAUGAUUAUAGAAAAAUUUCAAAUCUUUUUUUAUUUUCUUUAUAUCAGGGAACCCCUCGCCGAAAGAAGAAGGUGAUUCACAAAACUGCUGCUGCUGAUGAUAAGAAGCUUCAAAGCAAUUUGAAAAAGCUCUCAGUGACUAACAUUCCUGGCAUUGAAGAGGUUUGUAUUUUAUUUUUCUUUUCUUGAUAAUCUCCUUGAUUAAGGUUAACAUGAUCAAGGAUGAUGGAACUGUUAUUCACUUUAACAACCCGAAGGUCCAAGCGUCUGUUCCAGCAAACACUUUCUCGGUAACAGGCAGCGCUGAAAACAAACGUUGGUUCAAAGUUCAAAACAGAAAAAAUGCCAAUUUUUACAGAAAUCACCGAUAUGCUCCCCGGAAUUUUGAAUCAACUUGGCCCUGAGUCUCUAACGCAUCUCAAAAAGUUGGCUAACAAUGUCACCAAGAUCGGCCCAGACUCCAAGAAUGAAGAUGAGGAUGUCCCAGGUAAUUGUCAUCUAUCUCGUUCUUUUUCAAAUUCUUUUUAUUUCAGAACUUGUUGGCGAUUUCGACGCAGCUUCGAAAAAUGAAGCAAAAGCCGAAGAAAAAGCUUAA